AUUCCAUCUGUCUUUGAUUGACCGCAACAGAUUGUUUUCUGCGAAUGCCAACUAAAACUUCCACCGCAGAUAUAGGUAUGAUUUUCUGUCAAAGAACAAAAAAUAGAACACAAAAACAUUACAAAAUCCCGUUUUAUUUUUGCAAGAAACCAAAUUCUCUCGUGAAUCCUUCUCUACCCCGAUUCUCCAACAUAAACUAGGCAUAAUCUCUUCUGUUUUCCUUUCAUUUUGUUCGUACGAUUCCCGAUUAAUUACUUUUCCUUCAUCUUGAAUUCAAGCCAAGUUCGAAGAAAAAUGUCAAAUCCCGGAGACCCAGAAUCGAAAAUGCCCGCAGAGUCGCAGACGACGGCUCCUCUCCCGUCGGCCCCGCCGGCCGUCGACGUCGAAUGCCAGACGCCGGUGACAGGUUACGGCGUCUCGGCCAUAAUUAGGCGGUGGAAGAGAGAGGAUUUAUUGAAUAGAGGCGCUUUAGCUCUGAGAGGAUUGACUCUGCUCUUCUCCUUGCUUUCCUUCGUCAUCAUGGCGAGUAACAACCACGGUGAUUGGAAGGAUUUCGAUAAAUACGAGGAGUACAGAUAUUUAUUGGCCAUAGCAAUCUUGUCGACUCUGUAUUCCGGGGGGCAAGCACUGAGACAUAUACAUGAAUUGUCCAUCGGAAAACUCAUGCUCACGCAGCGGAAAUCGGCCAUGCUCGACUUUUUCGGGGACCAGAUUGUAGCAUACCUGUUGAUAUCGUCGGCGUCAGCGGCGAUUCCAUUGACGAAUAGGAUGAGAGAGGGGGCGGACAACCUAUUUACCGACUCCUCCGCAACCGCCAUCAGCAUGUCUUUCUUUGCUUUCAUGGUGCUGGCCUUGUCUGCUCUCAUCUCUGGAUUUAAACUUUCGAAUCAAUCUUAUAUCUAGUAAACUUUUUAUUUGGUUUGGUGAUUUUUCUUUUUUUCUAUUUCAUUAUUGUUUCAUUUGUCAUCCACUUGAUGUAUUAUAGUUGAAUUUAUGUACUUAAACUACCGAAUUAUUUGAAAGCAUUCUCUCUCUUGGCCUGCUUCUAUUUUACAAA